AAGAAGAAGAAGAAGUAGAAGAAGAAGAAGAAGAAGAAGAAGAAGAAGAAGAAGAAGAAGAAGAAGAAGUAGUAGUAGUAGUUUGGAAUAAUGGUUUAAACCAGUUUAUAACUGUCCAACUUCACGCAGUAUGCGAAACUGAUGCGAACACAUCCUGCGGACAUGCUGUGGGCGUCACUUGUGUUCGUGCACGUCGCUGUUUUCUCGGGCCCAGGCUCCUGUUGUGAUACACAGGAGUAUCGAACCCAGGCUGGAGAGUGCUGCCCAAUGUGCCACGAAGGUACCUUCGUUCAGAGUGACUGCACACCAUUGUCAGGCACACGCUGCAGACCCUGUGUCAAUGGGACUUAUAUGAAUCAACCCAAUGGUCUCAAGAAGUGUUUUUCCUGCUCUUCCUGUGUAGCAGAUAAUGGUCUCUUUGUCUGGCAGAAUUGUACAAACAAAACUGACACAGUUUGUGAUGUGUUAAAUGGAUUCUUCUGCAAAAGUCUGGCGGAAGAUACAGGAUGCAGUUUGGCAGAGAAGCACACACGCUGUACUGCUGGUCAGAGAAUAAAAGAACCUGGAACCAACAGAGCUGAUACAGUGUGUGAAGACUGUCUAAUGGGAUUUUUUUCACAUGAUGGUGUGAAGUGUACACCUUGGACAAUUUGCUCAGAAACCCAAGUUCAGGUCAAAGAUGGCAGUCCACGUGCUGAUGUCGGUUGCUCAAGUGCAUCAACAAAUACUUCUGAGAAUUUUGUUUUUUUUGUUUGGCUUUGUUACAUUUGUUUUUGCGUGUGACCACAAUAAACCCUUUUUGCUUCCCUAAUAA